UCGUUUAUUGUAAAUGUUGGGGAAUAUUUCCAUCUUCAGAUGAAGAAGUGUUUGAAGGAGUUAUUCCAAGUUUAACAUCUGAAGUCUGCAUGAUAUAAUACUGUAAUUAUGGAGGUUAUUAAAGAGGAGAGUGAGAACAUGAGUGAUCCAGAACAAUGCAGAAUUAAAAUAGAAGAUACUGAAGAACAAACAGGACUGUUGGAACUAAAUGAAAUGGAGGAGAAAAAACAUCAGUAUCAGAAACCAAAUAAUUUCCCAACUGGAGAAAAAUCCUUUAGUUGCUUACAGACUGAAAAACAAUUUGUCACAUGCCCCCAGUAUGGAGAUGCUUUCAAACAAAAUGUAGAUCUUAAAAAACACCAAAGAGUCCACACAGGAAAGAAUAUUCACUCAUGCACUGAGUGCGGAAAGAGCUUCAGAUAUCAGAAAAACCUUAAGGAUCACAUAAGAAAUCACACUGGAGAAAAGCCUUUUACAUGUCCUCAGUGUGGAAAGAGUUUCAAAAAUAAAGGAAUUCUUACUAAACACAUGAGAAUUCACACUGGAGAAAAGCCUUUCACAUGUCCUCAGUGUGGAAAAAGUUUCGCCCGUAAAGAACAACUUCAGAUUCACAUAAGAUUCCACACUGGAGAAAAGCCUUUCACCUGCUCUCAGUGUGGGAAAAGUUUCAAAGAAAAAGGAGCUCUAAAUAAACACCUUAGAAUUCACACUGAAGAGAAGCCGUUUACAUGCACUGAGUGUGGCAAAUGUUUCAAACAAAAAGAAAUUCUUAUGAAACACAUACAAAUUCACACUGGAGAAAAGCCUUUUUCAUGCCCUCAGUGUGGAAACAGUUUCACCCGUAAAGAACAACUUCAGAUUCACAUAAGAUUCCACACUGGAGAAAAGCCUUUCACCUGCUCUCAGUGUGGAAAAAGUUUCAAACAAAAAGGAGCUCUUACUAUACACAUUAGAAUUCACACUGGAGAGAAGCCUUACACAUGCAAUGAGUGUGGAAAGAGCUUCAGGUAUCAAUCAAACCUUAAGGAUCACAUAAGAAUUCACACUGGAGAAAAGCCUUUUACAUGUCCUCAGUGUGGAAAGAGUUUCCCCCGUAAUGAACCUCUUCAGAUUCACAUAAGAUUACACACCGGAGAAAAGCCUUUCAAAUGCACUCAGUGUGGAAAGAGCUUUAAUUGUAAUGCAAUCCUUAAAAACCACAUGAGAAUUCAUACAGGAAAAAAGCCUUUUACUUGUCUUCAGUGUGGAAAGAGCUUCAACUAUAAAGCAAAUCUUCAAGAUCACAUAAGAAUCCACACCGGAGAGAUGCCUUUCACGUGCCAUCAGUGUGGAAAGAGCUUCAGAUACAAAAGAAGUCUCAAUGACCAUCAGCGCCUCCAUUCUGGAGAAAAGUAAUUUAACUGUGAUCAGUGCAGUAAAACAUUUAUUUUGGUAUAGUUAGAAGACACCUGAAAACUCACACAAAUGAGAAGCCUCACUUGUUUUCUACAGCACUUGUGGAAAAAGGCUUUCAAGUCUGUACCAUUUAAAAGAGCACCAGAAAAUACAUAUCAAUGUGAGAGCUCAUGUAUUCUUUGUGUGUUGGAAAUCCUUCAUGAGAACAGACAACUUGGAAAAAGCACCAAAUAAUUCCUACUGGAGAAAACCCUACAAGUGCUUCCAUUGUGGAAAGAACUUCAAUUGAUCAGGACCCUGAAAACACGCAAGCGAGUUCAUACUGUAGAGAAGCCAAAUCACUGCACUUCAUGUGGAAAAUCUUUCAUCCAAUCAAGUAAUCUACAGGUUCAUUUGAAAAAGCAUUGCUCAAUAUCACAAGUUCAUGUUUCGAAGUGUUAGAAAUGCAGAUAAACCAAAAGCCCCUGUCUCUUCGGCCUAUUGUUGAGUUGAAUACAUUCAUUAACAAUUGUUAUAAUCAAAAUGUAAUCAAAGUGUUUUUAAUGUUGUGCAUUUAUCCAGGGUAUGUUAUAAUUAUUAAUGUUACAGUUCAUUUGUAUAUUUGAUCUCUGAGGGGUGACUGAGGGUCUAACUCAUGCGAGGUGGAUCGGACUUGUUGGUCCAGCUAAUCCCACAGAUGCGCAAUCGGAUUGAGACCUGGGGAAUUUGGAGACCAGUGCAACACCUUGACACUUCAUCAUGUUCCUAAAACCGUUCCUAAAACCAAUCCCAAACAAUGUGUGCAGUGUGGCAGGGUGCAUUAACCUGCUGAAAGAGGUCACUGCCAUCAGGGAAUAACAUUGCCAUGAAGGGGGUUCCUGGUCUGCAACCAUGUGUAGGUAGGUGGUAUGUGUCAAAUUGACGUCUGCAUGAAUAGCUGGACCCAGGGUUUCCCAGCAGAACAUUGCCCAGAGCAUCACACUCCCUCCACCAGCCUGUCGUCUUCCCACAGUGCAUCCUGGUGCCAUCAUUUCCCCAGGUAAAUGGUGCAAAUGUACAGAAAAGAGAACUCGUCAGACCAGGCAACCUUCUUCCACUGCUCCAAGAUCCAGUUCUGACACUCACUUGCCCAUUGUAGGUACUUUCAACGGUGAACAGGGGUCAUCAUGGGCACUCUGACCGGUCUGUGGCUACGUAGCCCCAUGCACAGCAGGGUGUGAUGCACUUUAUUGUGACACAUUCCUCCCUUAACCAUCAUUAAAAUUUCUGUGACUUGUGACACAGUAGAUCUUCUGUCAGUUCGGACAAGACAGAAUAGCCUUCGUUACCCUCACGCAUCGAUGAGGCUUGAGCGCCUAACACCCUGUCGCCAGUUUGUGGUUUGUCCAUCCUCGGAUCAAUGUUGGUAGGUACUCACCACUGAUGACCGGGAGCACCCCAUAAGCCGUUUCAGAGAUGCUCUGACCCAGUCAUCUGGCCAUAACAAUUUGUUCCUUUUCAAAGUCGCUCAGGUCUUUACUCCUGCCCAUUUCAUCUGCAUUCAACACGUUGACAACAAGAACUGAUUGUUCGCUUACCAUCUAACCAGACCCUGACAUGUGGCUUUGUUAGGAGACGAUCAAUGUUUUUCACUUCACCUGUGAGUGGUCAGUGUUUUGGCUCAUCUGUGUAUAUUUCUGCCUUACUUUGACCCUUCGUUUGGACAUAUGCUUCUCUCAUCAUAUUUGUUCCAACUAGAUAAGGCCUGUGUUCCAGUGAGGCCUGACUGAACCUUGAGGGAACGAUAGCUAUGUUUUGUUCUGUCUAAUGAUGUCAUUGUAGUGAUUGUUUGGAAUAUCUGAGAGUCAUAUGACUAAAUCAGAGAGACUUGACACCAGUGUGUCUAAAAGAAGACUUACCUCUGACCCGUUUCUGCUGACCAACUUGACUUAGUGUUUUAAAAAUAUAAUCUUUGAAUGAUUGCAUUCACGUAGAAGAAUACAAAACCAUGCUUGGAUGUUUCUUGAAAAUAUCUGUUCUGGUCACCUUUCAGAACUCUGUACUUGUAAGAGAUUAACUGUUUAUUUAUUUGCAUAUGUCUGUAAUUACUGUUGUUUUGGUGAUCUGAGUUAGUUUGAGGUUAAAUCCUCAUCUCAAUUUGUGUUUCUGUCUUCUUCCAUUGGAAAU